UUCGUUAGGCUUGCAGGCAUGAGGAAUUUCAGUGAAGGUGAGGGACAGACAGAAGCUGUUGUAUCAUGAGUGUCUUUGCUCUGAGCUCAACUAGAUUCCUCAUAGGAAACAUCUAUGAGUUUCUCCAAGUGGCCUCCGUGCUCAGCCUUCUCCUGCUGCUCUUCAAAGCAGCCCAGUUCUACCUGCAGAGACAAUGGCUACUCAGAGCUACCCAGCAGUUCCCGUCCCCACCUUCUCACUGGUUCUUUGGGCACAAGAUCCCAAAGGAUCGAGAGCUGCAAGAGGUUCUAAAACAGAUAGUCAACUUCCCAAGCGCCUAUCCACAGUGGAUCUGGGGGAGCAAAGUGCGCCUCCAGGUGUAUGACCCUGACUACAUGAAGUUGAUUCUGGGGAGAUCAGACCCAAAAUCUCAUGGUUCCUACAGAUUUCUAGCCCCCUGGAUUGGAUAUGGUUUGCUUCUGCUGAAUGGACAGCCAUGGUUCCAACACCGACGAAUGUUGACUCCAGCUUUCCACCAUGACAUUCUGAAACCUUAUGUGGAGAUCAUGGCAGACUCUGUUCGUGUAAUGCUGGAUAAAUGGGAACAGAUUGUUGGCCAAGAUUCCACCUUGGAGCUCUUUCAACACAUCACUUUGAUGACCUUGGACACCAUCAUGAAGUGUGCCUUCAGCCAUGAGGGCAGUGUCCAGUUGGACAGAAAAUACAAGUCCUACAUCCGGGCAGUUGAGGACCUGAACAAUCUCUCUUUUUAUCGUGUGAGGAACUUCUUUCACCAAAAUGACAUCAUCUACAAUUUAUCCUCUAAUGGCCGCCAGGCUAAGAAUGCCUGCCAACUUGCUCAUGAUCAUACAGACCAAGUGAUCAAAUCAAGGAGGGCUCAACUUCAGGAUGAGAGAGAGCUGGAGAAGGUUAAGAAGAAAAGGAAACUGGAUUUCCUAGACAUCCUUUUGUUUGCCAGAAUGGAAAAUAGAAGCAGCUUGUCUGAUGAGGACCUGCGUGCUGAAGUGGAUACGUUCAUGUUUGAAGGCCAUGACACCACAGCCAGUGGUGUCUCCUGGAUCUUCUAUGCUUUGGCCACACACCCUGAGCACCAGCAGAGAUGCAGAGAGGAAGUUCAGAGCCUCCUAGGGGAUGGAACGUCUAUCACCUGGGAGCACCUGGACAAGAUGCCCUACACCACCAUGUGCAUCAAGGAGGCCCUGAGGCUCUACCCACCUGUACCAGGUGUGAGCAGAGAGCUCAGCACACCUGUCAUCUUCCCAGAUGGGCGUUCCUUACCCAAAGGUAUCACAGUCGUACUCUCCUUCUACGCUCUUCAUCACAACCCAUCUGUGUGGCCAAAUCCAGAGGUGUUUGACCCUUCUCGAUUUGCACCCGAGGCUUCUCGACACAGCCACUCAUUCCUGCCCUUCUCAGCAGGAGCAAGGAACUGCAUUGGGAAACAGUUUGCCAUGAACGAGCUGAAGGUGGCUGUGGCCCUGACCCUGCUCCGCUUUGAGCUGCUGCCAGAUCCCACCAGGAUCCCAGUCCCCACCGCAAGACUUGUGUUGAAGUCCAAGAAUGGGGUCCACCUGCGUCUCAAGAAGCUCCAAUAAUCUUCACAGGACAAGAACAGCCCUAAUGGCAUGCUGCUUCCCGUCUUGUCGUUCACUCCCGGUCCGUCUGCUUACAUCCCUUUCUUUCUGCUCACCUUGUUUACACCCACCCGCCUUCUGCUGUUCUUCCUGUCUCCUUGUCUGUCAAUCAUUCUUUCUCAGUGUCUGGGAUCCCUAUCUGCUUUUCUGUCUACCUGCCCCUACCUGACUGCAUGUCUGAACUUCCACAUUAGUGAUCUGACUUCCACCAUGCUUGCUCUUCUGGGUCUUUCUUUCCUUCUGCUGCUUGUCUAUCCUUAAAUAAGCUUUAUACUAAUGCCAUAAAUAAUUACAAUAAAAAGAUGUGCCCUUAUGAUUCUAAAUAUCAGAUGUUUUCCAUGAUUUCUCUAGAAUGAAGCUAAGGUAAUUGCAAUGCCAUAAUGACCCCUGGCUAUUGCUUUGCUUUUUAAAUAUAUAUAUAUAUAUAUAUAUAUAUAAAUUUAAAUAUAUAUAUAUAUUUAAAUUAUUGCCACCAUGCUUUCUUUUCUUCCCUCUUCUCUCCCUCAUUGAAUCUUUCUUUUGUAAUCAUUCCCCCUCUUUCACUUUCCUUCGUUGAUUUUUUUGUUGUUGUUCAACUAACAUUUAGAUUAGAUUUUAACAUGACUUUUAAAAUCUUUUUUUAAUAUUAUUUUUUAUUUUUUAAUAUUAAUCACAGGUUAUUUACUUUGUAUCCCAGCUGUAGCCCCCUCCCUCAUUCCCUCCCAAUCCCAUCUUCUCUCCCUCAUCUCCUCCCUGUCUCUUUCCAAGUCCACUGCUAGGGGAGGUCAUCCUCCCCUUCCAUCUGACAUUAGCUUUGCUUUGCUUUUUAGUUUUACCUUUCCCAGCACCUAGAGCUGCAUUCCUAGUUUCAAAUGCCCUCCUAAGUGUUAAAAUCCAAAACCAUCUUUAAGCCUCUCUGCUUCUGUCUCCAGAUCAUCUCUCCAUCUUUCCAACGUGUAUGCUUACUUUAUGCCUAAGGAGGUAAUUCUGGUCAUGUUCACAAUUCUACCAAGAUUAAGACAUGCCUAUCUGGAAGAGCCACUGUUCAACCAACCUAACACCGUUUGUCCCUGACUGUCAUCUUAUAUCCAUCUAAAUCUCUCCUUCAAAUCUUCCAUCUACCAGCUUAUCUUUUAAGCAAGCCUCACCAUCUUUUCUCCUUCGUGCA